UAGCCCGCCAUACCAAUACGAAAAACCGGUGGACGGUUCAUCAAACGAAAGGAUCUCAGGGUACCCCUAUCCACUACGACCAGUAUCUUUUGUGGCGAGUCGACUCCCAGCUCUAACAAACCUAGAUACCAUAUCCCAUAUACCCUUCCCAGUGGACCACACUCGAACAUACUUCAAUGACCAGCUUGCUAGGCGUGAACACCUCCUCCUUUGGACUCCGUCGUCCAUCCAACUCGGACCCCCCAUCAUCGCCCUACGCACCCGCCUCGCCCGUUUCAUCGUCGAGGUCCACGUUCCCUAGUUCUGGGAACAACAAUACCAUCGGCGGGUCUUCUUUGCUUUUCCCCAUCAACCCGGCAUUCACCGACUCGUCGCCCGCUGGCGGGAUCUUGCUGAACAAACGCAGACCGUCGGAUACGCCCGAGUAUGUCGUUGACCCGAAUCAGGCCCAGGCGCAAGCGCAAGGACAAGCCUAUUCGCCAAAGCUCGACGGGUCCUCCAUCCCGGUCGAUGGAUUGCCUACGGGGCAUGGAUAUCCGGGAAGUCCCAGUCCGGUCGCGUUCAAGGUGACCAACUUGCCUAUGAGCCCCGCUUUGAGUUCGGAUGGAAAGACGAUGACGUACGAAACCGGUCAGAGGUCGUCCAGCCCCGAGUCGGUCUCAGCCGGUCUUCCCAGCGCCGUCACCGCCACGACCGGUACGCCGAUUCGACCGUCUCAUGGGAGGAUGCCAUCGUCUACCAAGAUCAGGUUCGCACCCCUCCCCACGCCGAAUAGGAAGAGGUCCCUCUCGACGGGCAGGAACAUAGUCACCAAAGCCAAGCUCGAGCCGGAUGGGACGAGGACGCUGCAGAGGUUCAGCAAGCAGGACGGAAACGACCCCUGGGUAAGCGAUGAUGAUCGCGCCGGUCCUCAAAAUGGUGAAGGUGAUAACGGGAUCUCGAGCUCGGCCGUGGAGGAUGAAGACGAAGAUGAUGACGAUGACGACGAGGACGAUCGCAAGAAACCUUCGUCCUCCUUGACAUCGAGCAGCUGGAUGACCAUGGGCAUGGGCAAGAAAAGGACGGGUUCGAUCACCUCGUCUUCUUACACCUAUACCAAGAAGCUCUUGAAACCGUUCUCCGGGUCUGAUUCGAACGCUGCAAAUUCGUCAUCGGCGGAUACUGGGGAUUCGUCCUUGACCUUUGGCAUGCCGCUGCGAAAGACCAUCUCGACGGGAGGCUUGAUGGGCUCUUCCCCCUUUCGAUCUUCGCACGAGCAGGAGCGAAGACGAUCGUUCCUCAGUACAGGCUCUUCCAAGGAUAAGGAGAACAAGCGUCAUCUACGUAACGGAUCGACCUCGGAGACGCCCGACUUUUCGUCAUUGUCGAGCAGUCUCGGAUACAAGGCUCAGACGGAUUUCGCGCCCUCCGCUGCGGACAUGCCCAAGAGCGAUCGCAGGCCGGUGAAGAUGCUCAACGGGCGAGUUUACGGGGCCAAAAAAGGUCAAGCUGGCUCUGCGGGGUCAUCAAAGGCGCAGGACCCCGAGUUUUCAGAAUGGGGCGGGUUGAUGGGUGCCAAAGGCGGAGGGAUGGGUUCGAACGCUCCUUCCGCCACCACCGCCACCCGGCCGGACGCUCCGCCAGAACGUCGAAGCGGGUUCUUGGACGACGAAGACGAUGGCAGCGGGAUGGGAUGGGUCAAGAGGCGACGUGAACAAAAGGAACGUGAGCGACGGGCCAGCGAGUUGGCCACGCCGGACAAGGGGCUGUCAAAGGGGGAUGUCGUCGUCGGUUCGGUCCCCGCGCUCAAGGUCACCCCGCCCCACUGGCCUGAAUCCUUUUCACCUGGUGGGGAAUCUGAACGAUCCCUGGGUGGAGGUGCGCCCGAUUUCAUCUCGACGAGACCGAGCGAAGCGACGAUCAUAGAAGAAUCGAGCGUUCCGGGGACGCCUCAUGAAGAAGGCACAGGUGCAGUGGCCAUCAAGGUGCCUCGGGGCGUCGCUGGCGGUAGCGGUCUGGGACCUGCGCUGGGUGGGGCAGGCGAGAGAGGCUCGGCCGUCGAGGAUAAUAGCGGGUCCGAGGAUAGCGAGGGUGAAGAGGACGAUGAUAAUGAUUUCGAGAGCGAUGAUGAAGACGAGGUCGAGCUCGACAUGGAAGGAUUGGGCGCGAAUUCGAGAUCUACCUCGAGCGCGGCUGGCGUCGAAGUUAUGAUCCGUCAUAAAGACUAGGCUCAAGGCCGUCAACACCCGUCUUUGCAAGACGUUCCUAAUCCCCUAAACCCUAGGCGCCAAGAAUUUUACUGCCGCUAUACUAUACCUGCUCAGACUCGUAUGAAACACCGUGAAGAACAGGACAAGAAGAAUCGCCGUGGACACUGGAAAGUUCA